AUGGCGGCUCUUACAGUAUGGUCGCCGGAUACGGUCAAGGACGUAGCAGAAUCUCUCGGAAUCACAAACCUCAAUGACGACGUUGCGAAGGCGCUUGCGAUGGACGUCGAAUACCGCAUCCAUGAAGUCGUCCAGGAGGCUCUCAAGUUCAUGCGACACGCAAAACGGACGACGAUGACAACACAAGAUAUCAAUCAUGCGCUGCGGGUGCUGAAUGUGGAGCCUCUAUACGGGUACAGCUCGAGCAGACCACUGAAGUUCAAGGAAGCGGCGUACGGAAGUGGACAGUUAUACUAUCUGGACGACGAGGAAGUGGAGUUCGAGAAGGUGAUGAAUAUGCCUCUACCUAAAGUUCCUCGGGAUGUAUCCUUGAAAGCGCAUUGGCUCGCAAUCGAGGGAGUACAGCCCGCAAUCCCACAAAACCCAACGCCUUCAGACUCCGGGAAACCCCUUACUGGCCCACCAACAAACGGUGCAUCAAGAAACCAAGCCCUCCCAACCGACACCACCACCAAACCCCUCGUAAAACACGUCAUCUCCCGCGAACUCUCCCUCUACUUCGAACGCGCAACCGAAGCGCUCACAAACCCCACCGAUCCCGCCGCUCGUUCCGCAGCGAUCUCGUCUCUACAAAAUGACCCUGGUCUCCAUCAACUUAUCCCGUACUUUACGAGCUUCAUUGCGGAGAAGAUUACACAUGGAUUGAAGGAUCUGUUGACAUUGGAGAUGAUGCUACACACCGCCCACGCACUUCUUCGGAACCCAAAUCUCUACAUCGAUCCAUAUAUCACGAACCUCAUGCCGUCUAUUCUAACGUGUCUUGUCGGCAACAAGCUUGGUCCGACAUCGGUAGAGGAGGCGGCUGCUACAGGAAGGGAACAGUGUGCUGUCCGGGAUUUGGCGGCAAGUAUCAUUCACUACAUCAUCAACCGUUUCGCGGAUGCGUAUCAUAGUAUGAAGUCGCGUAUUGCGAAGACCUUGUUGAGAGUAUUCAUGGAUCCUCAAAAGACGCUUGGUGCGCAGUAUGGUGCGAUCGCGGGUUUGAGCGGGAUGGGAACGAAUGUCCUCCGUCUCCUACUCUUACCGAACUUCAAGAUCUACGAACUUGUUUUGAGACGCGCAAUGGAUGAGGGAAAGACGAACGAAGUCGAGAAGUGCCUGGAUGCACUCAUGGUAGCAAUCCGAACUCUGGACAACGACGAGAUUUCUGCGGAGGUCGUCAAUGUUGGCGAGUUGGAUGAGGAGAAGGUGAGAACAGUGUUGUCGAAGAAAUUGGGAGAUAUGGUAACGGAGAGGAUUAUGAGGGAGAAGAAUGAGCGGGUGAUUAAGUUUCUGUACUCGUGGUUGCCGGAGAAGGAGGAAGAGAAGAAGGGGAAGGCAUAG